CUUCUAUUCAGUUCGUCGUCAAAAUGCCAGCAGUUCCGGCACCCGCAAAGGUACUAGUUUCUGGUGCAAACGGUUACAUCGCAGUCUGGGUUGUCCGCACAUUACUUGACCAUGGUUAUUCUGUCCGUGGCACAGUACGCUCGGAGAGCAAGAACAACCAUUUGCGUAAGGUUUUCAAGAAUGAGGUGGACAGCGGGAAGCUGGAGCUUGUUGUCGUACCUGAUAUUACUCUCCCCGGUGCAUUUGACGAAGCUGUGAAGGGUGUGGAUGCUAUUGAACAUACAGCGUCUCCAUUCCACUUCAAUGCGGACGAUCCGGAUGAGCUUAUCGGGCCUGCUGUCAAGGGAACUAUAGGAAUGCUAGAGUCUGCUCUCAAGUUUGGUGGUUCGCAACUGAAACGUGUAGCUGUGACCUCGUCCUGCGCAUCUAUACUUAAUCCCUCCUCAACCGGUGUAUUGAACGAAGAAAGCUGGAAUGAAGAAAGUAUUGCAAUAGUCAAGGAGAAAGGAAGAGAGGCCCCGGCGCAAGAAAAAUACCGUGCAUCCAAGUCGCUUGCAGAGAAAGCCGCAUGGGACUUCGUUGAGAAGAACAAAUCAUCUAUUACUUGGGAUCUCGUUACGCUUUGUCCUCCAUUCGUCUUUGGGCCUAAUCUGAACGAAGUUAACUCAUCCUCCGAGUUAGGACAAAGUCAAUCACUCUUCUAUGAGGCAUUGCUCACAAAGAGGAAAACUCCAGAGCAACUUGCAGGUGUGUCAGGCGGUUGGGUUGAUGUGCGAGAUGUUGCACUAGGACACGUCCGUGCGCUUGAGGUGCCUGAGGCCGGUGGGCAACGAUUCAUCCUGAGUAGCGAGAUGUUUAUUUGGCAAAACUGGUUCGAUGCCGCAAAUUCUCUUGGCCUCCCGGAUGUUCCACAAGGCACGCCUGGUGCAGGAAAGGACUUCAAAUACAAGUUUGUCUAUGAUUCAUCGAGGGCCAAGAACGUGCUUGGAAUCCAGUUCCGUGAUAUCAAGACGACCACGAAAGAUACUGUUGAGGAUUUCAAGAAGCGUGGUUGGUGAUUGAUUUCCGUCAUAAUAUGAUUACGAUAAAGAGAUAAAAAUGGGUCAAGUAGAUAGUAGGUUAGAGGUAUGAAGUAGAAAAUCCGAGAAUUAUACAAGUUAC